CCCCAUGAACUGCCUGUCACACGUCCCAGGCAGGGGGCUGGCAGGUUUUGCCCUGGCCGCGGUUUUCGGGGGGCUGUUUCACUGCUUUUGGGGCGUUCACGGCAGUGCGGGAGCCUGGAAUUCGUUGAACGAUGACCUCUUGCUGCCGUAUCUUCCUCCCCAGCAUGGCCCGCGGCACCACCAUCGCUACAUCCGAGACUGCCAGGCUCUCCUGCAUGGCAACGCGACGCAUGAAACCUGGCCCAGCGACAACAGCAGUGCUUUCCCUCUGGCUAUUACAUAUACAUUCGUUUCGGACUUCCCACCGCACCAUCCAAAUCGUCGCCAGGUGUACGGCCACUUGACUAUUGUGCGAGACCCCCUGAGGACUUUUUCUGUCCUAGAGCCCGGAGGACCGGGGGGCUGCCAGCUCCACCGCAGAGCUACUGUGGAAGAGACAGUGAGCCAAAGUCAGUGCCUUGUGGCCCAGAAUGGGGGCUAUUUCGAUACAAAGACUGGAGCAUGUUUAGGGAACGUCGUCAGCAAUGGGCAGUUGGUACAGUCCUCUGGAGUGCAGAAUGCUCAGUUUGGUAUCCGGAAAGAUGGCACUUUAGUCUUUGGCUACCUCUCUGAGGAGGAGGUCUUGGCUACAGACAACCCAUUUGUGCAGCUUGUCAGCGGAGUGGGUUGGCUUCUGCGAGACGGAGAGGUCUACGUGAAUCAAAGCCAGGUGGCAGAAUGUGACAAGACUCAGGAAACAGGGACUUUUGACACUUUUGUCAAUAUGGUGUCUGCCAGGACGGCUGUGGGGCAUGACCGCCAAGGACAGCUCGUGUUGUUUCACGCAGAUGGGCAGUCGAGCAUCAGAGGCCUGAAUCUCUGGGAAAUGGCAGAAUUCCUGAAGGAGCGUGGUGUUGUGAAUGCGAUCAAUCUGGACGGUGGGGGAUCGGCUACUUUCGUUGUCAACGGAUCUCUUGCUAGCUACCCUUCGGAUCACUGUGUGUUUGACUCUACCUGGCGCUGCCCGCGGAGCAUUUCGACCGUCUUGUGCGUGCACGAGGCUGCCUGCCGACCUCAAAACUGCAGCGGGCACGGGCACUGUGUGCGUGGACAAUGCCUCUGCCACGGAGCUUUCUGGAGUGGGCCAGCCUGCGAUAUGCUGGAUUGUGGCCCUUCCAACUGCACUCUUCAUGGAAUGUGCACGGAGGUGGGAUGCGUCUGUGAUGCUGGUUGGACCGGUGAAAACUGCACCCAAGCUUGCACCAACGGUACCUACGGGGACAGCUGUGCUCAGAAAUGCCUCUGCCGCAACAACGGCAAGUGUGACCCUGUGCAUGGAUCCUGCACUUGCCCAGUGGGCUUCCAAGGAAUCUUCUGUGAAGAAGCUUGUCCUCUCGGACGAUUCGGACCUAACUGUCAGCAUCGCUGUCAGUGCCCAAACCAAUGUUACUGUGAUCGGAUGACGGGCAGCUGCAACAUUUCUCUAGACUCAACCAUCCUGGAUAAAUUAUCUAGAGCUGGGCCAUGCCUGCUACAAGCUACCUCAAAGGAAGAGUUCCUUUUCUCCAAGAAAGCCUGGGUUGCAAUAAGCCUGGGUUUGCUUGUCCUGCUUUUGCUCAGCGUGUUGGUGAACGUCAGACUGGCUCUCCGCGACACCAACAAGCGUCGUGAACGCGGCCAGUACAUCUCUGUGCCCCUGGAAGAGAUCAAUGGUGGGAUCAAAGACAGGGAUCUGGCAGCAGCUUGGGAGGCCGACGAUCCCACCGAGGCUGCCUGGGACACGAAUCCGACCGAAAGGGUUCAUCUGCUGUGAUCAAGUUUCUCUUCCAUGGAGCAAAAACCUCAAGAGGAGCCGCCGUUCUUCAAUGUGGAAGUUUUGCUCCAUCGCUGGGGAAUCGGUUGCCAUUUUUCCUUAUUGCCUUAAUUGGAACCAGUAGCCUAGGAGGGGUCUGCAACUCUUUGGGUUUCCAAAGAGGGAAGCUUCCAUACUUGUGUGGAAAUAUUUUAGUUUUGGGGAGAAGGUGAAUGUUGGUCACCAGAAGUGGCCAUCUCCCGAAUGUUUCCAACGGAACUGGACGGCAGCGUCUCCUGGUUGAAAUGCUGUAGAAGAUUUGAUGAUUGGAGAGACGGGAAACGAUUUAUUUAUUUUUUUGAGGAUUUCUUCCUGCCUUGCAACAUUCGGAAGCCGCCUCCCAAAAUGUUUACAGGUAGUCCUUGGUUUGCAACCGUUCAUUUAGUGACCGUUAGAAGGCACCAAAAGAAGUCACGGGAUCCAAACUCAGGCAACUGACAUGCAUUUAUGACGGUUGAACUGUCUCAUGUGAUCACCUUCUCAUGCAACCUUCCCAACUGGUUUCUGCCAAGCAAAGUCAAGGGGGGGGGAGGGGGGAGUGCGAUUCGCUUAAUAACCAUGUCAUUCAUUUAACAACAGUAGCGAUUCGCUUAGCUGGGGCAAAACUCAUUCACUGCCUCGCGUAGCAAUAUAAAUUUGGGGGCUCAAUUGUGGUCGUAAGUCGAGGACUACCUGUAGUAUGUCGUCCCCACCCCCCCUCCCCGCCCACCCACUAUAGACACCUUCUUCACACAUACUCCUGGGAAAAAAAGGGGAAUUUGUUCUCUGGACAUCUCUGGACUUCUCUGGGUUUGGAGCUAGCCAGGUUUGGGAAUGCUGCUGUUGCUCUAAGCCAAGGAUGAGCAACCUUAAACACUCGAAGAGCCACAAAGGUCCUAACUCAGGGGUGUCCAAACUUGGUCCC